UUUAAUUUUUCGAGAGAGGGUUUCUCAGCAAUUAUGGAGCCUAUCCUGGAACUUGCUCUAUAGACCAGGGUGGCCUCGAACUCACAGAGUUCCUCCUGCUUCUGCCUCCUGAGUGCUGGGAUUAAAGGCAUGCACCAACACCGCCUGGCCCACCUGUAACUCUUAACUCCAGGAGAUCUCAUACACACUUGAUUUCCAUGAGCCAUACAGACACCCAGAUAUACAUAUUUAUACAUUUAAAAUCUUUUCAAAAAGAGACUGUGGAAGAGAGUAGAGCAGUGGGGGUGAAAACAAGAAAAAUGACUCAUCUGUUCACAGAUUGUGGGUUGACUGGGAUUAUUUAUAGGUUUUCUGUAGCCCAGGUUAGCCUGCAGCUGACUAGCACAGGCUAACCUUGAUCAAUGUGAUAAUCCUGCCUUAGCCUCCCUAGUGGACUGAACAUCACACCUAACAUGUUAACAGUGAUUGAAACUCAUUUCUAUUGCUUACUGAAUAAGUCAUAAACUGUAGAGGGACCGGGGAUAUAGCUUAAUGUUAAUGUGUUUACAUAGCAUGCAUGAGAGUGUUUACACAGCAUGCAUGAGGCUCUGGUUCCAUCUCCAGUACUGUACACAAGCAGUACCGAAUGGGGCCUUUUGUGCCCAAAACUCUUUUUUUUAAAAAAAUAUUUAUUUAUUAUGUAUACAAUAUUCUGUUUGUGUGUAUGCCUGCAGGCCAGAAGAGGGCACCAGACCCCAUUACAGAUGGUUGUGAGCCACCAUGUGGUUGCUGGGAAUUGAACUCAGGACCUUUGGAAGAGCAGUCAGUGCUCUUAACCUCUGAGCCAUCUCUCCAGCCCUGCCCAAAACUCUUAUGAGUGAACUUUUUUGGAUUCUACCUCGUUUCCUAUUUGUUUAGCUGAGUUAGCUAAAUUUAUAGCAUAAGCAGAGUGACUGUUUCUUCAUUGCCAUGUAGUCUAUUGUAAUGUGUUCUAAAGAACAUGAGGGAUAUGUGCUGGAGCCCACAAGCCCAACUUCAGGUAUACACUGUCUUGGUGUUCACGGCUUCCCUUAUGAACAGUGCACCUUGUGAGCUAGAAGUGGUCCAUGCCUAGCACAAGAAGCCGAGAUCUAGCAAGGAACAUGGCCAUUCAGUUCACACAGAACUGUCUUGUGUGAGCUGCGGAAAGCCCCUCGCUGGGAAGCGGCAGACCUGGUAGACUUUACUGGGGUGUUUUGGAUCCUAACUCCAGAACAUUGCCCAGGUCUUGAGGAGGUUCUGACCUGGUAGUAAUGACGGGUUUUGAGUAGUGCAUAGUUUGUAAGGAGGUAAGCAUUGUCGCAGGGCUGGUGGUUUAAGGCGACACUCACCUACUUAUGGUUUCACUGCCUUCAGCCUCAGGGUUUCUUUGGUACUGCAAGGCUGUAGUCAGGUUUUUGGCUAGGGCUGGAUUCUCAGGGCCUUACUAUCUGCUUCCAAGCUCAUGUGAUUUUGGCAGAAUUUUGGUUCCUUGAAGAUUGCUGGGCUACCUGCUGAUGGAUAGGUAGAGGUCUCUCUCACCUUACCACAGGAAUCCCAGCAGACAUAGGUGGACUCUGCAUCAGAAAGGAUGGGAGCUCACGAGCAGAACGGAGUCACACCACAGAAAUGACAUCUUUGCUGUAUUCUGUCUAGAAGCCAGUCUCUAGGCCAACCUAUUUAAGGGAAAGCAUUACACAAGAGCGUGGAGAUCAGAAUUCAGAGAUCAGUGUUGAGACAGAAAAAGUAACCAGUUUUGGGUAAAAGGCGAUUGUGGUUGGGUGGUGUUGAUACCACGGAUCUGGACUCAACACAGCACUGGCAGAAUAACCUCCUGGCUACAUUCCGGUUCCCUCUGUCUUUCUCAGUUCCUUUGGCAUGCAGUAUCACGCUGAAUCACUGAAAAUGUAGAUGUCUCUCACUUUUGAUAUUUCCAACAGCGAGCUGCGCCUGGAGAUCAGUGGUUUCCAAAGAGAAACUUCUUGUCCAAGAAGAUGUACUUCCCAUUUUGGCCACCAGGCCUCAUGCUUGGCACAGGGGACCCAAGUCUGCACUCAAGUCGUGUCCCCUCUAGGAGAAAAGGAAGACAAGGUCAGGACAUCUUGAGUCAUGAGCAGACCAUUCCUCAGGUGGCGGAACUUUCCUGGAAGGAUGUUAUUAAUGCCUUGUCCCUUGCCAACAUGGUCCUGGGGCUCUUCUCCAUCUUCUGCAGCUUCAGCAGGAAAUCCCACUGUGCUUCCUGGAUGCUUUUGAUCAGCUUCCUGUUAGACAUGGCAGUAGGGACGAUGAUCAGGCACCUCAACAUCUGCCACAAAUUAGGACUUGAACUGAACGACUUCGCUGUCUUCACCACCUUUGGCCUGGCCUCUGCUCUGCUCCUUGGUGUGGAUGGGCCUCUGAACGGGUUCCUAGCUGUCAUCUAUGUGUUAACAACUUCCUUCCGCCUGUGCUUCUACUCAGCUGAAGGAGGUCCCUCUGCAUACAAAGGCCUACCUUGUCCCUAUGCUUCCUGUGUUCUGGCCUCCACCUGCUUACUGACCAAGGGCAACACAUUUAUUCUCUGCUGCAUGGCUUCACUCAUGAUUCUGUUCAUGAUCGACCAGAGUUGCUACCCACAUGAUGAAAUCCUGGAGUCAGAGAACUGGAAAAAAGUGGUUUACAUAGGAGGUGUCGCCAUGCUGUUCCUCUCCCCGUUCACACUCACAGCCUUCUACUGUCUGAUUUGGUCGCUCUCCUACAUCUUCUUCCCAGAUGCCCUGUGGGGCAAGGGGGUUUGUAUUAAGCUCUAGCGAGGGGGUACCAUGACUUCACUACUCCUGCUGGCUCUGUGGGCUCUGCACUUAGCACGCUGGACCAAGACCUGCCUCAUCCUCACUAAAGCUUUCCUGGUGCCUGUAUUGUCAUCUGCUGUCUCUUGUCUUGAAUCACAGUGACCCACAGUGGGC